AUGGAUCACGCCAGGAACACCACGCACCGCGUUGCCACCCGCGCAUUCCCCGCCCGCCACCCCCGCCUCGCGCUCUUCGCCCUGACAGCAGCCGGCGUGGGCCUGGCCAUCAAGUACAACUCGGACAACCUGGCCAAGAACGAGAGGGCGCAGAGGUCGACAAGCCACCCCAACUACUAUGUCUCAGUCGACAGGUCUGGGGGAGGCAUCUAG